AUGGGAGGCGUUUGCUCUAAAAGCACAGCGGAUUCAUCCAAGGGUCGUAACAGUGAGUCGAAAGCAACCGAGGCUGAGCGGGCGGUUGCAGUGGCGGAGGGUCUUCAAACCGCGCAGAAAAUUGAGGCUGUGACAGGCGCUCCCGCCGCUGUUACCGAGGACGGAGACGUUAUCGUGGCCGUAGACGAAGAAGAUAAGAAAUCGAUAAAGGGCGAAAAAACGAACAUUGUUGACGAAGCAGCAGCUGCUGUGGUCUCACGUUCUCCCGAACCGGCUGCGGUGAUUCGCAAAGAAGAGGUCGUCACAGAAGAAGGCAAAAAUGGAGACACCCGAGUCCACGUAUCUGUUGUGGAAGCAGUGAUCAGUAGCGAUCUGGCUGAUCUUCCUGAACAAGUCGAGCAUGUUUCGCCCAGGGAUUUGGAACUGCUUCGGCAGGCUCGCGAGCAGGUGAAGGCGACUGGGGGACCCGUUAUUACGGAUGUCACAAACUCAGAUGGGCAAAACCGCCGAGAGUACAAACCGAGGGCUUCGGCUUACGGGUACCUUCUGUACGUGCCUGACAAGGGCGGAAGCCUGAUCCUCCUUUGGUUGAAGCAAGAGCUUUCUCCUGAGGAGGAGGAGAAAGCUGGCAAAAUCCUUGUGUCUUUCGUCCCUGCUCUCCAUAAAAGCGUCCCCCGGAUGAAGUACGAACAGAAGGGUGGGAAGACGGAGCUUCUGACCGGCAUUGAAGACAAAUGGAGCGUGUGGAAGGCGAAUGAGAAACAAAAGUAUUACGCCGCGUGGGCUACGGUUUUAAAGACGUGCGAUGAAUACGAGGCGACUUUGUGUGUCCGGAACUGGACAGAAGACAUGCCUCCGCAGGUUUUUCUUUCUCUUCUCCACGUUGGGCCGGUUGGAAACAAGGUGGCAACCCUUCCACGGGACCGUCCCGUGGACCUCAGCGUUUUCUCGCACGUCGCCGUUGUUCCGGCAGAUAAAAGCAAAGAGUUCAAAGAGGGCCACGACCUGUCAGAGAAAAAGUUCCAAGAUUUAAUAGCGGCAGCAGGAGGCGCCCAUCAGCGACUUGUUCCCAGAGGAAACGCAGCGAAGUUGGGUCAGAAUGAUGUUGUAGCUUGGUUCAAAGAAGAUGGAAUUGAUAUUAGUGACAACAAGCAAGGACUCAUCCUCGACGGCAAGAAAUAG